AUGCCGCGCUCCCCCCAAUCCAUGCACCCACCCUCCGCACCACCGAUCGUCGCACUCGAUGAUCAAACGGCGGCCCUGGUCCGAUCGUCGCUCGUGAUCUCGUCGUUGCCAUGUGCGCUGCUCGAACUCGUCCAAAACGCCUUGGACGCCCAUGCCACGUCGAUCAAGCUCGUCGUGAACCUCACCCACUGGACGAUCCGUUGCUGCGACAACGGAGACGGCAUACCCGCCCGCUUCCUCCCUUUGAUCGGUCAACGUCAUGCGACGAGCUCGAGCUCGACUUCGACGUGGACCCGGCGCCGAGGAGAGGCGUUGGCGAGUCUGGCGCAGAUCGGGUGGUUGGAAUUGAGUACACGGGCCAAGGAUGAACAACCGGGCUGGGAAAUAGGAUUCCGUGGGCGGGAACGUCUUUACGAACGCAGCGUACCACACCGACACCGAUCGACGCCCAUCGUGGACGCUGCGCAAGCCCAGCCGGCUCCAGCUCAAUGUGGGGGUCAGCUGCAGCUGCAGAUCCCCCCUGGCACCGGCACGACUGUUACCGUCCGGGACCUGUUUUAUCAGGUCAGUCAAGAUUCGGCCGCGAUCACUCCUUUUGUCGAUUGACUGAACAAAAACCUGGUGUCCCCUUGUAGUGGCCUGUUCGACGGAAACCGCUGAGCUCCCCCUCGGGCCGGUCCACAGCCCUGACUCAAUUGCGCAAGGAGCUCGCCACCGUAGCUCUCGCCCAUCCCGCCGUCGCCUUUUCGCUCGUCGACACCUCGACCAACGACACCCACUCCCUCUCGUCCACUCGAUCCAAGACGGUGUUGAACGUCCAGAAAUCAUCGACCGAUGCGUUGUGGGCGAGGUGGAAGCAGGUCUGGGGCAGAGCAGGCGUAGAGCACGUCCACGAGUUCCACCUUCAUGAGCGGACCGAUCAGACCGACUUGGAGGGAUGGCAAGCCGACGGCUUCUUCUCGCUCGGAGCAUCUCAUUCAAAAUUGGAUCAAUUCAUAUGCACGUUUGCCUUGUUGGGUGUACGGAUCGUCUAAUGUGGACCGGGCUGAUCAGAUCGCUCGCCAUCUUGUGCGCAGUCGUCAAUUCGAGACCCGUCUCGACCUCUGCUCUGUACGGACUCAUCAACGCUCGAUUCGGAACCUCUUCCUUUGCUCGCAACUCUUCUUCACUUCUCGCAACACCCCAUCCUUCGCUCGGCAAGACCGCGACGACACAAGCCGCGCGCAAGAGCCCCAAAAAGGUCGCCGAACGGUACCCCAUCUUUGCGCUCAGGUUGCGGCUACCCGAGGAUCAAGUCGAUUGGGCACUUGAACCGGAGAGGCGGGUAGUCGAGUUCCAGGUUAGUUGCAAUGGAAAGAACACUGGGUUGGCGCAAGCGUUCAUAUGAUUGUCGAGCUGACACUUGAUCUGCCCACUUCACUGCCCAGGACCCGGAUCGUGUCCAAACUUUCGUCCAAUCCGUCGUCGACGCAUUCCUCCGUGCGCACGGUCACCUUCCCCAACCCACAUCCAAGGCUCAAUCCGGAACACCUCUUUCAACGGCUUCGGCUGCCCCUCCUCGCCCCAUUAGUCUCACUCGCUCGCGCUACGAAUUCCAGUCCCCUCAACGCAAGACGACCCCGGCUCGCGAAUCGCCUCGCGCGCGUCCUCUGUCACCUGACGGGCCAGGUCCGAUCGUCUUUCCGCAGCCAAGAGAGGCGGGGAAUGUUGCUGGGCAGUCGGAACACGAUCCAAUCGAAUGGGUCGACCCCCGAACCAAGCAACGCUUCUUGAUCGACCCUAGGAUGGGUCAUUCUUGGUCCCCCGCCGCGGGGGGAAACAGUCGCGACCCCAACGCCGAAACGCCGGAGAUUGAACCCACAACGAGGAGCGUAAAGAAGAGCCUUGUCGAUCGUUCAAAGCUCAAGAGGGCUCGACUGGACUCGGCGCCGAGUGAGAAUGGUAACAACGACGACGAAGAGAUGCCGACUUGGUUGACGAGCACCCUUCGGGAAUGGCACAACCCCAUCUUCCCCGCCAACCCCGCGCCUGUGCGCUCCGUCGUCCCUCAUGCUACGUCGGGCCCUUCGGACGUGGCGAGAGCACCUAAGAACGUUCUCGGUCACUCGCAUCGGUUCCACAAAGCUUCUUUGACGAAAGAGACUUUCAUCGCUCAGCUCGAUGCUAAGUACCUUUUGGUCAAGUUGCAGACCUCGGUCGAUUCGGAAUCGUCCUCGAACGAGUCACAGGGUCGACCCACGACGACGACGACGAUGGAGACGUUGGCGGUGAUUGACCAACACGCCGCUUCUGAACGGGUGAGGGUGGAGAAAUUGCUACAAGACUAUUGCGGAACCGUCGCCCGAGGCGGUACUGUUGCGACGAUGGGGUUGAAUGGCGAAGAAGGGGCGUUGAUCUUGGUCUCGUCGAAGGAAGCCGAAUUCGUGAAGGAGCACCUAGGCGACUUCGAACGAUGGGGGAUCAUUCUUGGCUUCGACGCACCUGACAGCGUCUCAGGGAACAGGAGUACGUCAUCAUCGACUCUUCCAACCGAUUACGCCCAACUUCGACUCCUUCGAGUCCCCAAGAUCACUGCGGACCGCCUCUCGACCGAACCUAAACUUCAACAAAGUUUGGUCCGAUCAUUCGUCGCCUUACUCGAGAACCAACCCUCUUGCUUAUCGGGACCCAGUACGAGCAGUCAUGGUGUGCACUGGACGCAUUUGCUCAAGAACGCGCCACCCGUGAUGAUCGACUUGAUCAAUUCGAAAGCGUGUCGAGGGGCGAUCAUGUUCAAUGACCGUAAGUCCUUUUUUGCCCUGUAAGGCCGACCUAAUCUAGAAAGUCCACCCAGCUCAACCCUUCCAGAUUCAUUGUAUUUUUCCCAAAAAACCCGUGCACGCUUAAUUAGACCUCACUCCACUUCAAUGCACGAACCUCGUCACCCAACUCGGCCAAACGCACUUUCCCUUCAUCUGCGCCCAUGGGAGACCGAGUUUGAUGCCGUUGGUCAACUUGGCCCCUGCCACGAAGGAAGGAUCAAGAUUGAGCUCGAAGCGAGGAAAGUUGGAUUGGGGGAGUUGGGGUUGGAAGAAGGUGAGGAGUGAUGAUGCGAUGUGA